AUGUCUAGUUCAGAGAAGCCAAAAGAAGGGACUGUCGACGCGCCGAAAGAUGCCCCCAAGACCACUCCAUCCCGGGCGAUUGGGUUGACACCGCGUGCUCCCAGCACCGGUCCCUCGGCAGCAUACAUCCCUCAGUUCUCAGCGGCUACUCAGAUGAUUCUCAAGCGACUGAAAGGAGAGCCUAGUAAUCUCGGAGCGGCCCUUUCGCAGGCCUCUCGCUCACCGUCUAUCACGGCGAGCAUCCCCUCAGCCACAUAUGAGGAUGUCAAGAGAAGACUGGUCAUGAGCAUGAACACAUCAUCCCAGAUGUCCAUGCAAAUGCCUGCCACUGCACCACUCUCCAUGAGAGCUCCCUCUGUGCCAUUGCCAGCGCCCUCACUAGCUAUCCCGCCAUCCACCAAGAGCACCUCCGGCAUGAGUGCCAUCCGUAAAAUCACCGCUGGCCUUACCGGCUCCUCCAAGAAUACCCCUACCAAGUCCUCUACUGCCCCAAAGGUCCUCUCCUCCGAUAGCAAAGUCAAGAAAGCCAAAGGCAAACCCAACAGUCGGGCCACCGGCCAUAGUAACAAACAUCGCCAGCGCCUCAAAGGCCAGUCAGCAGAUAACAGCGGCAUCUCCGACUCGGAUUCAGAAGUAGAAACCCCUACCACCGCCAGCACCGGCAAUGGCCCCUUCUCAGCCGGCGGUGGUGGUGACAGCACCCCAACCGCCACCAUGACCAAAUCCGGUAGGCAGGUUCAGAAGCCCGACGCCUACAACCCAGCAGCCAUGGAAGCGGCCACCAAGAAACGAGUCCACUACGGCAAGCGGACCGCCGAGCAGGCUCUCUGCAAGAAGUGCAGCAGGAUGCACUCCCCGAGCAGCAACCAGAUUGUUUUCUGCGACGGGUGUGAUGCGGGCUGGCAUCAGUACUGUCACGACCCGUUCGUGUCAGAUGACAUCGUCAAGAACACGAGCAAGAACUGGUUCUGCUCGGAGUGUGCCGCCAAGAAGGAAAGACAGGGCAGUCAUGCGAAGAAGCUGAAGCAAGAGCAUGUUCACAGGGGGCCGCCAAAGAAGGAGAGCUGGGCUGGGAAGAGCGUCCAGCAGAAGAGAGCGUACUUGUCUACCUUGCCAGCACAGGAGCUUGUUGGUUUGUUGAUGACGAGCUUGGAGCUUCAUCCUGAUUUGCCAAUUUUCCCUAGUCCGGUGGUGGACACGGGGGUUGACGCGAGUGGUGCGCCGAGGGGGCUGUUUGCCGGGGGUACAACAGAAGGUUUGUUUACGAGGGCGAAUGCUAAUCCUACUGGGCAAGGGAUUAAUUUUAUGAGAAAGGUCCAGUCCAAUGGGAGUGCGAGAGGUAGCCAGGAUCGGACGGCUGGGCAGCAGGAGGAGGAGGACGAGGAAGAUCCACUGACGUUAUUGUGGCCGAAGCCGGGGAAGGGACUGUAUGCUAGGCUUGGGGCUGAUGUUCUGGAUGAAGGGGGGCUUUUGGAUGCGGAAGGGGAAGACUUUGAGGCGUUCAGCUCGAUAGUAUAUGAUGAUCGCGGGAGGAAAGUGUUGGAGAAUGGGAUGAAGGUUUAA